CCGUGGAUGGUAACCCCGCCUUCACCGGUAGCUCAUUGGCCGUGAGGCCGGACGGGCUCCGCCCCUCGUUGGGUCGGAAGACACGCGUCUCCAACGGGCCGACGGGACUCCCGUCGCUGUCAUGUGAUUGAUCGGGCCCAAGUGAGUUGACAUGAUGCUGCGCGUAGCUCGGUCUGCGAUUGGCCUAGCUGUGAACACGCCCACCGUGACCCGGAACAAAUGGGCCAGAGUCCAAUGUCCAAUUUUGCUGGCCAUCGCUUCCUACUGGUUUUCCCACAUCUGCUGAGUAUUCCCAGCAAUUUCUGUUUUUAUUCCCGUCUCCUGACACAAUGCAGCUGGGAGUGCUGAGUGGCAAAGUGGCUGUGGUCACUGCCUCUACCCAGGGCAUUGGACUGGCCAUUGCCCGGCGCCUGGCCCGGGAUGGUGCUCAGGUGAUGAUCAGCAGCCGGAAGCAGGCCAGUGUGGACAGAGCCCUGGAGCAGCUGCGGGCUGAGGGACUGGAUGUCUUGGGCACCAUCUGCCAUGUGGGCAAGAGGGAGGACCGGGAGGCGCUGGUCAAUCAGACGCUGAAGCGUUAUGGAGCCAUUGACAUUCUGGUCUCCAACGCAGCAGCCAACCCAUUCGCUGGGAGGGUGCUGGACUGCUCAGAGGAGGCCUGGGACAAAAUCUUCGAAAUCAACGUCAAGGCGGCUUUACUCCUGACCAAGCUGGUGGUACCACACAUGGAGCAACAAGGUGGGGGCUCCAUCGUGCUGGUUGGCUCUGUCAGUGGCUACCAACCAUUCCCUGCCAUCGGGCCAUACAGUAUCAGCAAGACAGCGCUGCUGGGACUGAACAAGGUGCUGGCUGAUGAACUGGCCCCCGCCAACGUUCGUGUCAACUGCCUGGCCCCAGGUAUCAUCAAGACCCAGUUUAGCUCUUCCCUGUGGUUGGACGACAGCUUGCGCCAGCAGUUGGAGAGGACCAUCGCCAUGCGUCGGAUUGGUGAGCCAGAGGAGUGCGCAGGCACUGUCUCCUUCCUCUGUUCACAGGAUGCAGCCUACAUCACCGGGGAGACCAUCGUGGUAGCCGGAGGAUUUCAGUGUCGGCUCUAAGCUGAUGUUCCAGCUGCAAACGUUCUUCAUGACUUCCAGUCCAGUUUCUUUCCAGUGUUAUUCAUGCUUCUCAUCUAUGUAAUCUUCUGCAGUCCUCUCGCCAACUGAUCUCUAUGUGUUCCUUUUACUCUAGCCGCUUAUACAUUCGCCACUCCUUCACUCUCCACUAUCUCCAUUAUCUCCAUGACUUCCUGCAAUUCUCUGUGAUCUCUAUAUGCCACUAAUUCAGGCUUCUUGCAAUUUUUUUGGCCUCCAUUGGUCUUCAUGCCUUCAGCUUUCUAGGAUUUAAUAUCUGCAAUAUCCUCCAUAAACCUCUAUCUCACGCUCUCGCUCCUCCAGUAAAAUGCUCAUUAAUACCUCCUCCUUUUACCAACCUGUGUUGGUAUUGAUAUAAGAGAUGUUGUGUCAAAUUUUGUCUGAUUUUUCUCUCCUCUGAAGCUUUGUUUGAAAUUUUACCACACUAAUGGCACUAUGUAAAUCUGACAUGUUGUAUAGGUGACUCCAGUCUUACAGUAGCAUAGUUAACACUUAAUUGCCCUCUGAAGUGGCCUGACAAGUCUGUUGUAUCAAAUUUCCAAUCCUUUGCGACUAUUCUGAAAUCUAGGGAAUUUUUCAAAAUCAUAACAAGUGCCUCCAGUAUCUACCUCUUUGGAUGCAGGCCAUCAGCUCCUGGGGAUUUCUCAGCUCAAAAAUAAGUGUCGACCAUAUUCAGCUGAGAAAGUUUUCCCCUAGUAUGAACUGUGCUCAAGCAUUCUUUCCUCUGAUUAAAGAUCUGAGAAGGCAUUGAAUGCAGAGUUUUAUCUAAAAAAGUACAUUUACAUUCAGAUAUGUUGUGCAAAUGUAUAUUUUCUAAUAAAGUAUAUUGUUUAAAUCCUUUGGAAUGAAUGUUCCAGACAAAAAAUACAAACAACCUUCAAAUAUAUGACAAAUAAAUUGAUAUAUAAUA